UGAUAAAACUCACGAAGAAGAAGAAGAGGCGCAAUAGCGAGGGAGCGACCCGCCGGACUGUAUUCAAGCGGCACAGCAGUGUUGUGGUGCCAGGAUGGCGACAGACGACGUUGCGCAGUUGGCUGACUCUCUGGCCAAAACUGGAGUGGAGGAUGGAGAGCUCAGUUACAAAGGACAGGGAAGAAAGCUGGACGAUGCUCAGUCAGUUGAGGAGAUGGUGAAGGAGAUCCAGGACUUUGAGGGUUUACAAGCUCUGAGAUUGGAGGGAAACACUGUAGGUGUGGAGGCAGCACAGGCCAUCGCUAAGGCCCUGGAGACAAAGAGUGCAUUGAUGCGUUGUUACUGGAGUGACAUGUUUACAGGUCGCCUGCGCUCUGAGAUCCCACCUGCCCUGAAUUCACUGGGUGAUGCUCUGAUGCUGGCGGGUGCCAGGCUCACAGUUUUAGACCUCAGCGACAAUGCUUUUGGACCCGAUGGAGUAAAGGGCAUUGAGAAUCUGCUAAAGAGUUCCACCUGCUACACACUGCAGGAGCUACGGCUCAAUAACUGCGGCAUGGGUGUCGGAGGUGGCAAGAUUUUAGCUGCAUCAUUGAUCUACAACCAUAAAAAAUCCAGCGCUGCGGGAUCGCCCCUCAGCCUGAAGGUGUUUCAGAUAUUGUCUGUGUCUUCACAGGCCUUGAAACACUUGCGGAGCAUCCAGGUGAUAAACUUUGGAGACUGUUUGGUACGACCGGAAGGAGCCAAAGCGAUUGCAGUGAGCGUGUCAGAGGGGCUGCCGAUCCUCAAGGAGCUCAAUCUGUCGUACGGUGAGAUUACUGAGGAUGCUGCUCUGGUCGUGGCACAGGCAGUAAAAGACAAGGACCAACUGGAGAAACUGGACCUAAAUGGUAACUGCAUCGGAGAGGAUGGUUGCAGAGCCUUGAAAGUCGCCAUGGAAGCCAUGAACAUGAGCGAGCUACUUGGAUCACUCAGUGAUGAUGAGGGCGAGCCAGAAGAUGAUGAUGAUGACGAGGAAGACGACGACGACGAUGAGGAAGAAGAUGAUGACGAGGACGAUGUGGACGAGGAGGAAGUAGAGGAAGAAGAGGAAGAAGAGGAGGAAGAGGAAAGCACUGGCAAUAAGUUUUCCACCCCACAGUCAGCACCUCGACCCCCAGAAGUCUCCUCCUUCCUCAGCUUUCCCUCCCCUGACAAACUGCUUAAACUGGGCCCUACGAGAGCAUUGCUUAUUGAGCAGCAGGUGGAUGUUUCAGACGCUACAAAAACAGCUGAAGCCUUCCUCAAGAUUGCAUCUGUGUACAAGGAGGACAAUACUGAAGUUAAGAAUGCAGUGUUGGACAGUAUUGAUGGGCUCCUGAGGAAAGCUUUCACCUCGUCUUCCUUCCAAGGCUACAGCUUUGUAUCAUCUUUGUUAGUGCUGCUUGGACUUAUUAAGAGCGAGGAUAAGGUGAAACCUGUGAUUGUGGUCCCCGGCCACCUCCAAGCUUUGGAGCAUGUCGUUCGACAGGACUACUUCCCCAAAGAGAGCGUGGCUGUGCUGGAGGCCUUCAUGUCCCGGAAUAACAAGACCUUGGAGUCAUGUGGAAAUGCUAAAAACAAUCUCCAAUCAACACUGCAGAGAGUCCGGUCUCAGAGCUGAGGACUGUGGACACGUGCGCAUAGACUGAUCAUUCAUGGCCUUUGGAAACCAGCACA